AUGGCUGCAUCUACCUUUUCUACUAUUCCGUGUUCAAUGGAAGAAUCUAUAGCCAAAAAAACAGGAUUGGACAUAAUUAUUGACAAACAUGGAGUGAAAAAAUUAGCGGAAGAGGUGGUAGAGUUCAUGCUGUCUGAUGAUAAGUAUACCUUUAUACGACAAUUAUCCAAGCUCUAUCCUUCUUUUUUCGAUAUUAGAGCUGCAGAUUGGCUAUUUUUAUUGCACACAUUAAAUUUUUCGCUCUGGAUACCAAAUAGUACUAAACAAUGGACAGUUAAUAAUUACACAGGAUUCUGGGCAUUAUGUGCCGCCAUCAAAAGAGCUAUCGAUGAUAAUAAAUUAAUUUGGGAUCCCAAUUAUUACAUGACCAUUGCAUCGACGGAGAUGAAAUACAUUUUUCGAGGAGAUGAUGAAAUUAUCCUUCCGUAUUUAGAAGAAAGACGUAUUAUUUUGCGUCGCGUCGGAAAAACUUUAAAGAAGAAAUAUGGGGGUCUUUUUAUAAAUUGCAUAAGAAAAUCUGAAUAUGAUGCAGAUAAAUUGAUGAAAAUGCUCUUUAAAUUUGAGUCCUAUCAAGAUGAACAUAAGGAUGUUUUGCCAGCUAAAUCGGACAUUUAUAAGACGUCCUGA